ACUCUACUCUCGCUCUACUCAGUUGAGUUGAUCUCUGCGUUGCUCUCUCUCUCUCUCUCUCUCGGAGCUAGGGCAAUGGCUUCUUCGUCUUCUCUGUUACCGAAUCGUUCCACGAUCUUCUCCCAUCCCAGAUCCAUCAUUCGAUCGCGCGAUCUUCGAUCAAGGAGCACCGGCAGAUCCAACGUCUUCCUGAGCAAGCUUGGGGGCUAUCCCCCCGCCUCCAGGCCUCUCUCCGUGAGAAGCGCCGCCGGCGAUCGGGAGGCCAAGGAUCCGGUAUCCGAGGACGGUGUUCCAAGCACUCUAAACUCUUCAACAUAUGAUCCCUCUGCCAUUGUAUCAAGUAUCAGGUACCAUGCUGAGUUCACACCCUCAUUCUCUCCAGAGCAUUUUGAGCUUCCCAAGGCUUACUUUGCAACUGCUGAAAGUGUUCGCGAUGCACUUAUAAUAAAUUGGAAUGCAACAUAUGAUUACUAUGAAAAGAUGAAUGUAAAACAGGCGUACUAUCUGUCAAUGGAGUUCCUGCAGGGAAGAGCACUCUUAAAUGCAAUUGGUAAUCUAGAGCUGACUGGCAAGUAUGCAGAGGCAUUAAGUCAGCUAGGUCAUAAUCUUGAGAGUGUUGCUAGUCAGGAACCAGAUGCUGCCCUGGGAAAUGGUGGUUUAGGACGUCUAGCUUCAUGCUUUUUGGAUUCUCUGGCAACAUUUAACUAUCCAGCGUGGGGUUAUGGACUUAGAUAUAAAUAUGGUUUGUUCCAUCAGAAUAUUACAAAAGAUGGUCAGGAGGAAGUUGCAGAAAGCUGGCUGGAGAUGGGAAAUCCUUGGGAAAUUGUAAGGAAUGAUGUCACAUAUCCUGUGAAAUUUUAUGGAAAGGUAGUCGUUGAUUCGGAUGGAAGGAAACACUGGAUUGGUGGGGAGAACAUAAAGGCUGUUGCAUAUGAUGUUCCCAUACCUGGAUAUAAGACUAAAACCACCAUUAACCUUCGACUUUGGUCAACAAAAGUACCAUCACAAGAUUUUAAUUUGCAAGCUUUUAAUGCCGGAGAACAUGCCAAAGCAAAUGAGGCUCAUGCAAAUGCCGAAAAGAUAUGCUAUAUUUUAUACCCAGGAGAUGAAUCAAUGGAGGGAAAAAUUCUUCGUCUGAAACAGCAAUAUACACUUUGCUCUGCAUCACUUCAAGAUAUUAUUGCUUGUUUUGAGAGGAGAUCUGGAAAAUCAGUAAACUGGGAAGAGUUUCCUAACAAAGUUGCAGUUCAGAUGAAUGAUACCCACCCAACUUUAUGCAUUCCAGAGUUAAUUAGAAUACUGAUUGACGUGAAAGGUUUGAGCUGGAAGGAAGCCUGGAACAUUACUCAGAGAACUAUGGCGUACACAAAUCACACAGUUCUUCCUGAAGCUUUGGAAAAGUGGAGUUUGGAUCUCAUGCAGAAGCUGCUUCCUCGACAUGUUGAGAUCAUAGAAAUGAUAGAUGAGGAGUUGAUUAACAAUAUAAUUUCGGAGUACGGAACAGCAGAUCUUGUACUUCUAGAGAAGAAAAUGAAGGAGAUGAGGAUUUUAGAAAAUGUUGACUUUCCAGCUUCUGUCAUGCAAUUGUUUGUUAAGCCAAAGAAAAUAUCCCGCAUUAAACCUAAACAAAAAAAACUAUUAGUCAAAACCUUAGAACCUUCCGGCAUGACUGUGGAUGAAGAAGUUGAAUCUGAAGAAGUUGAAUCUGAAGAAGUUGGAUCUGAAGAAGUAGAAUCUGAAGAAGUUGAACCAGAAGAAGUUGAAUCUGAAGAAGUUCAACCAGAAGAAGUUGAAUCUGAAGAAGUUGAACCAGAAGAAGAGGAUCUUGGCGAUGAAGAGCCAACACUUUUAAAAUCAGUUCGUAUAUUGCCAAAAAUGGUUCAUAUGGCUAAUCUCUGUGUAGUUGGUGGACAUGCGGUGAAUGGAGUUGCUGAAAUUCACAGUGAAAUUGUGAAGGAGGAUGUAUUCAACAGUUUCUACAAGUUGUGGCCUGAGAAAUUUCAAAACAAAACAAAUGGGGUAACUCCAAGACGCUGGAUUAAAUUCUGCAAUCCUGAUCUAAGUACUAUAAUUACUAAGUGGAUUGGUACAGAUGAUUGGGUUCUGAACACUGAGAAACUGGCAAAACUCAGGAAGCUUGCUGAUAAUGAGGAUCUCCAUUUGGAGUGGAGGGCUGCUAAAAGAAGCAACAAGAUGAAGGUUGUUUCUUUCAUAAAAGAGAAAACAGGAUAUGUUGUCAGUCCGGAUGCGAUGUUUGAUAUACAGGUGAAACGGAUACAUGAAUAUAAACGUCAGUUGUUGAAUAUCUUAGGAAUUGUCUACCGCUACAAGAAGAUGAAAGAAAUGAGUGCCAAAGAAAGGAUAUCUAGCUUUGUUCCGAGGGUCUGCAUAUUUGGGGGUAAAGCAUUUGCUACAUAUGUGCAGGCCAAGGGGAUAGUAAAGUUCAUUACAGAUGUUGGGGCUACCAUAAAUCAUGAUCCUGACAUUGGAAACCUAUUGAAGGUUGUCUUUGUUCCAAAUUAUAAUGUCAGUGUGGCAGAGGUGCUUAUUCCAGCCAGUGAAUUAUCUCAGCAUAUCAGUACUGCUGGGAUGGAGGCCAGCGGAACCAGCAACAUGAAAUUUGCUAUGAAUGGCUGUGUUCUGAUUGGAACAUUGGAUGGUGCAAAUGUCGAAAUAAGGCAAGAGGUUGGUGAAGACAACUUUUUCCUCUUUGGUGCUCGAGCUCAUGAAAUUGCAGGUUUAAGGAAAGAAAGAGCAAAGGGAAAGUUUGUGCCAGAUCCAAGAUUUGAGGAGGUCAGGAAACUUGUCCGUGAUGGUGCUUUUGGAAGUUAUAACUCUGACGAAUUAAUUGGAUCCUUGGAAGGGAAUGAGGGAUUUGGUCGUGCAGAUUAUUUUCUUGUUGGCAAGGACUUCCCUAGUUACCUCGAGUGCCAAGAGAAAGUUGAUGAAGCGUACUGUGACCAAAAGAGAUGGACAAAAAUGUCGAUUUUGAAUACGGCUGGCUCCUACAAGUUCAGCAGUGAUCGGACAAUUCAUGAGUAUGCGAGGGAUAUCUGGAAUAUCAACCCUGUAAUGUUUCCAUAGAGGAAUGUUGGGACGAGUCUCGCCUGCCUUCUUCAUGCUACACCAUGCCAAUGUUUUCUGCCAACCAAGUGGGCAUCAUAUUCCCUUGAGAAGGCGGCAGGAUCCAGCCCCAGUUGCUUGUAGAAAAGAGUGUAUCAUCUUAGUACGGUCGCCUUCAUCCAAGGGUGUAGAUGAAUGUUAAUAAGGUGGCAUUCGAUGAACUGUGGAAAAAUUACUGGAGAUUGGACAGCGCAAAAGAAUGAAAUCGGAGGCCAGUUUUAGUACCGGGAUACCGUAAAUGUAGAUGCUGUAUUCGUCGCCAUAUUGUAGUCAAUAUCUUACUAUUAGAUGCUGUAUUUAGAACUACUAGCCCAUAUCUAUAACCAGCUAUGGCAUUUUCGAGAUCCC